AACCGAGUGAAUUAACGUUUCAGCGUGGGUGGGCGCUUUGAGCGCUGCCGUCUCGCGUGGAUCGGCACCCUUGGUCGUUGGCGCGUGUCGUCGAGGAAGUACGAGGCUUACAGCGGUGAUCGGGGGUCUCGUGCUGGCAUUGGCCUCCCUCUUCACCUCUUUCGCCGCGGAACUGCACCAGGUCCUCCUUAGCUACGGCGUGGUGCUGGGCACCGGGGCUGGCCUCGUGAGAGAAACUGCCGGUCUGGUGCUGGGCCAUUACUUCAGAAAACGGCGAGAGUUCGUCGAGAUGGUCGUGCAAGCUGGCGCUGGGGUGGGGAUCGUGCUCUUCAGCGUCUUCUACAGGGAGGCGGUCGGAAAGCUGGGCUGGGAGCGUGGGAUGCAGUCGGUAACCGGAGCCCUCUCGUUGGCCUUCUUCCUGGGUUUGAUUUAUAAGAGCGCCUCCCUCUAUCACCCGCAACGGCGGGCAAUGUUGCACGUGAAAAAUCAACGAGGUGGGAAGUUGAAGGAGAAGAAGACCCCGUCGAAGCCGCCAAGGCAGCCGUGGGUCGAUCUUAGCCCUCUUGGAAGUCGCCCUGUCAGGAUGUUGAUGCUGGCUGCAGGAGCAGCCGGUUUCGGUCUUUACACGCCCGCCUUUUACAUCGCUAUCCAGGGCCACAAAGACGGUUUGGAGGCUAGUGCGGUCGUGCUCCUGCAAACUUGCCUAGGCUUGGCAGCGGCUCUCGGUUGCGCGGCUUGGGGAGUCGUUACUGCCAGACCAUCUGCUCAAUGCCUGGUGUCCAGACAAUAUCUCUGCCAGGCGGCUCUUCUCGGAGUUGCUAUAGCUCAGGUGGCAUUGGGCAGCGUGCAAGGCUACCAUGGGUUGGUAUUGGCUUCCGGUUUGUACGGCGCCUCUCUCGGUGGAGCCCUUUACUCCUUAAAAAUGUUAGCCCUCGAAAGACUAAGAGCCAGACACUUCGCACGCUCCUGGGCACUUGUGCAGGCCGCAGAAGCCUUACCUAUUCUUCUCGGAGUUCCUCUUACUGGUUACAUGAACGCGAACAGCUCGAGGGUGGGUUACUACGCGUGCACGUUAAGUUCCUUGUGCGGUGCAGCGUUACUCUUCCUGGUGGGUUGGGGUCGCCAACCGGCGUCCCCUCUUCUUCCUGGCUCGCACCUCUCAAAUAUGAGCAUACCUCCGCCGUGUGCCUGUCCUCCACCGCCAAGGCCGAGGUUGCCCAAGUCCCAGUCGUUGCACGUGCCCCUCGACGAAGAGCAUUUCCGCGAGAGGGAGGUGGAGAGGAUGCACACUGCCGAACACUAUUACCAACCGCAAUUCUACGGGCCUCUGAGACCCAGCAAGAGCGUGCCCGAGGGUCUGAGUCAUCAGGACUCGUACAGAAGUAGACCGAGACGGCACAGGGACGUAACUGUGAUCGAACAGAUCACCACUAGCGUUUAAUGAAUAAAGAAGAAAGGGUAAAGAGCAGAGGGAUGAAUUAUUUGAUAAUGUUGAUUGACUGUCGUUGAAAAUGAAUGGACAAUGACGAUGGAUAAGCUUGGAGCUGUGAUGGAAACGUUGGGAUUCUUGAGAAAUUGUUUAUUGUUGAUGUUUUAUGUUUAUGUAGGCCUGGCCAACUCUUUGGAUAGGAAUUUUUUAAUUUAUUUUGAAAGUGUAGAAUUCAAAGUUGAGUAUCUUUUAAAAUCUUAGAUUUUAUGGAAUGUAUAAUAAUUCCAAAAAUUUGAUCGAUAGUGCGAACAAUGAAACGAAUUUUUAACGAUGACAAAGUCAAUUGUGGAUAAUUGUCGACUAUGUAUAUUUGUACAAAUUUGUAUUUUUAAAGAAUGCAAGAAAUUUCUUUUGUUCAUUUCAUUUGCUAAUGACCAGUGGAACAAUUUGAGUUAGCUAGGCCUGUUUUAGAUGGUUGAACAAGAUCCGACUAAAAAAGGAUAUUGUCGAGGACGUGAUUGUCGCAGAGUCUUUGAUCAUUAUUUAUGUGAAUCCGUACGUACGCUUCUUGGAUCCCUGUGAUGGAAUGGGAAUAAGAAGAGGAAGAUUCGCAAUAGCUUGCCUUGAAGACUGUAAUCUGAGACAAUGAGAGACUUUACGGUGAAGGAGGAUCUUUACGACCGCGGUAAAUCCGGGAUUGUACCGUUUUUAAGAUUCAAGGAUCGCUGUAGGAAGUACACAUAUAUUUUCUUUCUCUGAAUUUUUGACAUCCUUUUGGCGAGUUUCCGGUGAAUAAUCAUACAAAAUUUCACUGUGUUAAAAAGUGAAUCUUUUGGCGUUGUUAAGACUGCUGAAUAAUAAUAUGGAUUUUAUUUAAUUUAUAAUAAUUUUUGAAAAAUUUUUGUCUUAUUUUAUCGCGAUUAAAAGCAUGCGAACCUGUUCAACUUUCUUUACUUAUUCUUUGAAUUGACGUAUUUGUCGCGAAAUCUUUUUCAUUCGGUGGAAAACAAAAGUCAGAUUGCGCUCAAGCUUCGAAACACCAGGAAACGUCACGUAAACCAUUUUCCCCACUCUUUCGUUUUCCAAUUCAUCCUGCAUUCGAAUCUUGUGCCUGAAAACAAACAU